UAGUAGUACAAUCAUAUGUAACACGCAUGGCCGAGAUUCUAUUCUCUCUCUCUCUCUCUCUGAUAAGAUUAAAGAGUGUUACUCUAUUAUAAAGUAAUUCGACCAAGUACCAUGUGCCUUGUCUCCGACAACUUUCUCUCUCUAUCUCUCUCUUCUUGAUCUUAGCUCUGGUUCUGUGGUUCACAUGGUACUUCAAUAAGAUUUUCACUAAUUUUAAGGUUUCUCAUCUCAGAAAAAGUCAGUUUUGCAGAUCAUUUUAGGGUUUGGAUCAUACAAGAAAUGUACAAGCAUCCAAGACAAGAGAUAGAGUCUUACUCUUUGCCUUCUUUUGAGGCCAACUCUGUUAGGAAGCUUAGCUACAUACCGGUUCACAACUCCCUUAAACGGUAUUGCAUGCUCGAGCCAUCACUUGACUCUCCUGCUUACAAUGUUCUCUCAAACGCUACGGUUAACAUCUCCACAUAUGAGGACACAUCUGGCUCUUGUGUGACGACAGACGAUUUUAACGACAAGAUAAAGGAGCUGGAGACAGUGAUGAUGGGACCAGACUCCUUAGACUUGGUCUUCGACUCCUUUGACUCUACUUCAUGUCAAGACACUAGUAGCUGGAGAUCAACUCUAGAAGCCAUCUCGAGAAGUGAUCUAAGAGCUGAUCUUGUUUCAUGUGCACAAGCUUUGUCUGAAAACGAUCUUAUGAUGGCACAUUCAAUGAUGGAGAAGCUGCGUCAGAUGGUAUCUGUUUCUGGUGAGCCUAUCCAACGUUUGGGAGCUUACUUACUAGAAGGCUUAGUGGCUAAAUUAGCUUCAUCAGGUAGUUCCAUUUACAAAUCACUUAACAAGUGCCCUGAACCGGCAAGCAACGAGCUUCUCUCCUACAUGAACAUCCUCUAUGAGGUGUGUCCUUACUUCAAGUUUGGUUACAUGUCAGCAAAUGGUGCCAUUGCUGAAGCCAUGAAGGAAGAAAACAGAGUUCAUAUUAUAGAUUUCCAAAUAGGUCAAGGGAGUCAAUGGAUUACUCUUAUCCAGGCUUUUGCAGCUAGGCCCGGUGGGCCUCCUCGGAUACGGAUAACUGGUAUUGAUGAUACGACUUCAGCUUAUGCUCGUGGAGGUGGGUUAAGCAUUGUGGGAAACAGACUUGCUAUGCUGGCUAAACAGUUCAAUGUUCCAUUUGAGUUCAACUCGGUAUUAGUGUCAGCGUCUGAGGUCAAAGUUAAAGACCUUGGAGUCCGACCAAGGGAAGCUCUAGCCGUCAACUUUGCCUUUGUGCUUCAUCAUAUGCCUGACGAGAGCGUGAGCACCAAGAAUCACCGGUACAAUAUAAUGGGGGAUGUAUUGAAUUGAGGAUUUUAGAGUGUUUGAGUUUUGUUUUAAAAUCCAUUGUUAUUCAACUAAGGAUUUCUGUUUUUUUUCUCAAAUCAUGUGUUAUCGGAUAUGACAUUUUUAAAAAAUCAUCAUAAAUCACUUGCAAUCCAGUGUUAUUCAAUUAACACUUUAUUAAAAUCAGAUCAAAU